AUGAUGUGCUCUUUGUAUUGGGCUUUGCUUUCUGCUUUGUUGCAGCUGGCCCGAAUUCAGACUGACAGCGUAGUUGAGAUGCUCCGUGAGCUAUACCCUGACUUCAGUUUCGAGAUUGUUGCUAUGUCAACCACUGGAGACAAGAUCUUGGAUACAGCACUUUCCAAGAUUGGGGAGAAGAGCCUCUUCACCAAAGAGCUAGAAAAUGCACUUGAAAGAAAUGAAGUUGAUCUCGUGGUUCACUCCUUGAAGGAUCUGCCAACUUCUCUUCCUCCUGGCUUUACCAUCGGUGCUGUCUGCAAAAGGGAAAACCCACUUGAUGCUGUUGUCUUUCAUCCCAAAAACUGUGGGAAAACACUGAGCCUUCUUCCUGAAAAGAGUGUGAUCGGAACCAGUUCACUUCGGAGAGCAGCCCAGCUGAAAAAGAAGUUCCCUCAGUUAGAAUUCAGGGAUAUUAGAGGGAAUUUAAAUACCCGCUUAAAGAAGCUAGAUGAGAAAGAAGACUUCAGUGCCAUCAUCCUGGCUGCUGCUGGGCUGAAGAGAAUGGGCUGGGAGAAUCGCAUUGGUCAGCUCUUAACCCCUGAAGACUGUCUCUAUGCUGUUGGACAGGGUGCCUUAGCAGUGGAAGUUCGUGCCAAAGAUCAAGAGAUACUGAAUAUGGUAUCUGCCCUGCAUGAUGCAGACACUGUGCUCUGCUGCAUUGCUGAGAGGGCCUUUAUGAAACGUUUGGAGGGUGGAUGCAGCGUCCCUGUUGCUGUAAACAGCGUGCUGAAAGAUGGCCAGUUGUAUUUGACAGGUGCAGUCUACAGUUUGGAUGGAUCUGAUAGCCUGAAGGAGACCAUGCAGACCAGUGUUAAUUACCCCCUACAGAGUGAAGAUGGACCAAAUGAUGAUGCGCAGCACGUUGGCAUCACAGCCAAGAAUGUCCCCCGUCAGGCCCAGGAAGCUGCAGAGGGUCUUGGUGUGGAACUAGCUAGUUUACUUCUGAGCAAGGGAGCUAAGCAUAUCCUUAGUGUGGCAAGGCAGCUGAAUGAUGCCCGCUAAACCUGUGGGGGCGUGGUCAGCAUGAUUGCUACAAGUCUAGCAAGUAUUUGCAGCUGCACUAUCAUCUUCCUUUGAAGGAAGGGAUUUAUUUAAAUGUUCACACCAGGCUUAUAUGGCAUUUGGGCACAAAAACUUGAAAUAUUAAGGUAACUAACCUGGGUGCUUUAUGCUGUUCAGGGUUGUCUUCCCUCUGCAUUUCACUAAAUUGUAGUCUCUGUGAAGUUUGUUCAA